AUGGCUUCGUCUCGACCGUUGGAUCGCAUCGGUCUUCCGCAGCCGCUGAUCAACCGGUUCUUCGCGCGAGGCUUGACUACUGCUCAGCAAGUUCUCUCGUUGACCGCCGUUGACCUCAUGGAAGUGCUUGACUGCGACGGCGCGACCGUGCGCGACGCCAUGAUCGCCGUUUCGCGCGCCGCCUGCCCGCCGUCCUGCACCGUCGCCGACAUCGCCGCCGCCGGCGGAACGGGCCACCUGCGCCUCGACCUCCCCGCGCUCGACGCCGCGCUUGCCGGCGGGCUGCCGUGCGGCGCGAUCACGGAAAUCGCGGGGCCGGCGGGCGCGGGGAAGACGCAGAUGUGCAUGCAGGCCGCGAGGCGGUUCAGCCCGAAGCGCGUGGCGGAGAUUGCGGUGAAUCGGUUCCCUGCCUUCUUCUCGUCCCACUUGGCCAUGGAACAGCUCCUGUCGCGCAUCCUAUUAGUGCAACCUGUGUCCUCAGCGGAACUUUUGGAUAGAAUAGCCAAUCUGCACACGUCGCUGGCAGGCAACAGCACGCGGCUCAUAAUCAUCGACAGCAUUGCUGCCCUCGUGCGCAUUGAGUUUGGGGCGGACAAUCUCAUUCAAAGGCAGCAGCUGCUUUCCCAUCAAGCCUCAAAGCUCAAGUACCUGGCUGAGAGCUUCUGUCUGCCUGUGCUUGUCACGAACCACGUUGCUGCAGCGUCCUCCUCCUCUUCCUCUCACUCUGCCGGCCUACCUGCACCAAACGAGUUGGACGGCAGGAGAGCAGCGCUGGGUGCCAAGUGGUCUCACUGUGUCAACGUGAGCCUGCUGCUCUCCACCGUAACUCACGCUGCUGGCUCCCACCGUGUCUUGCAUAUUGUGAAAGCACCUAUGGCGCCUCAAAUCUCGUUUCCCUUCACCAUUACCAACAGUGGCCUCCAGCUUUUCUCAACUCGCACAGCAGCCGCCAUGGCUGAGGAGUCCGAGCCCCCGAAGAAGAUGCUUCUCGACGACGAUCACGAAGACGAAGUGGCGGUCGCGAAGGGUUACGUUGGCGAAGAGUUCGAGCUUCGCGUGAACGAGGAAUACGCGAAGCGCCUCGAGUACAACAAGCGGCGCGAGGAGAUGCACAGAUUGGAGGAGAAGGUAAAGGCGGGUUACCUGCCCUCGGGGGAACGAAGCGCGGGGUUCCGCGGAAGAGGCCGCGGCGCUGGCGGAAGGUUCGGCGGAAGGGGUCGGGGCGACGGCGGAAGGGGAGGCGGCCGGUGGGGCGGAAGGGGACGGGGUUUUGGCGGACCUUGGGGGCAAGACCGUCGGUUUGGGCGCAAUGACGAGGCGCAGCGGGAAGGGGAGGGGGAGGGCGAGGCGGAGGCGGAGGCGGAGGCGGAGGCGGAAGAAGGAGAGGCGGAGGAUAGCGAGGAGGAGGAGGACGAGCGGGACGAGCAUCUGCUGCGCCUGGAUCAGGACGUUAAAUUCGUAGAGGCUCUUACGAGGAUCAAGAAUAAGGAUCCGGAGAUCUUUAAACCUGGUAAACACCUCUUCGAAUCGGAGGAUGAGGAGGAGGACGAGGAGGAGGAGGAAGGGGAAGGGGAAGGGGAAGAUGCGGAAGAGGAAGCGGAGAAGGAAGAGGACGAGGAGGAGAAGAAGCAGAAGAAGAAGAAAAAAGCCAAGGCGGUGUAUCUUAAGGACGUGCUGGCGCAGCAGGCGAUCGACGGCGUCGGGCUAAGCGACGACGAGGAUGGCCGCGGCGCGGGCGGUGCGGACAGCGGCGGGGAGCGGGCGUCGCGGAAGGGCUACUUCGCGGAGCAGGAGGAGCUGAAGAAGGCGUUCCUCGACGGCGCGGAGGCAGGUGGGUGGUCGGGUGGGUGA